UUAUUCUCUACAGGUAUUUUUCAAACAGGGAUUUCAUUUUGAAAAAUAACUCCAUCAAUAUUAAAAAGCAGAAAAUGAUCAAGCACUGGAAAGAGCAUGCUAAUGAAACAGGUGGCAUUGUAUCCCUAACCAUGAAGAAAUGUUGGCCAAUCAGAAGCCCACAAACAUCAACUUAGUCUGACAUCAAAAAAAGGUGAUAAAGACGCACGCCAUUCACAUUGUGACACAAAAUCUGUUUUCUUCAGUCACUCUCCACCAUUGCACUAUAAUUAUGCUAUAUAUGUUGUCAUGCCUGUUCUCUAAUACUGUCAAUAUAGCUGUUUCAAUUCUGCUUCUGCGUCUGACAUGUAAAUGCAGAAACAGAAUUUUCAAGAUUCUUCAGCCUGGCACAAGUUUUUCAAAGCUCCAUUUUCACUGAUCCAAAAAUGCUGUUUACGUGCGUAUGAAAGCAAAACACACCAAAAUACCCACGAACGUGUGGACUUCGCCAUGAACAGAUGAGUCUCUGGGCACACCUGAUAGCUCCUUAUCUCCUUUUAGGGGCCUCGAGUGGACAUUGGUGGAAUAGCAACUUUUGCUGGCUUCACAUUUCUGCUGCAGAGGUUGCCGCUUGCCCACACCCCACAGUUUUUAGCCUUCAUCCAGUUCAGGGUCGCAGAAAGCCCGUGGACAAGUCACGAGGCUGUUUAUUGUCCAUAAAAGACAAACUUUGGCUUUAUGUUUUACUCCACCUGCAUCUGCAGUGUGUCUUGUCCCAGCAGCGGGGUCGCCCAUAGUUUGAGAACCACUGCUAGAGUAUACAACGAUUGCGUGCAAACUGAUGUUCGUUUAUAUUUUUGUGUCAUUUAUAUUUCAUACAUUUAUUCUCUUUGGAUGUUUAACGGCGUGAUGAUGUUGUAUUUACUGUAUUAUACAAACACAGUGUUAAAGAGAAAUUCGCUAAUUGUACAUUAAGGAAUAUUUAAACACGCGUUAAAAAAAACAUCCCACUCUCACGACAGAUUCUCGCCAUGUGGAGUUCUUCUUUUAAGCGCCACAGUUUUCUUUAAACAAAGUCAAAAACACCGAGUUUGGAUGUGUUGCUGCUUCCUGUGGGCCGGUGCAAACCCAAUAUUACCGCGUGGCACUUAGAGACAAAAAACACCCAGGUUGGCUCGAGGAGGGGCCUCCCUCCGGGUCAGAUUUCCAGAGGAGUGCGACCCCCUGAACCGUUCACGCACGUCCUGUUUGUGCUCAGCCUGCGCACAUGCGCUGAUCUGCACACCCCGCAGCUGCGCACAUCCAGCGGCUGAAGCCCAUCCGCAUUGCUCAGAGAUCCGAGCCGUCCCCCCUUUCCCCUCCCCCUCACCUCAGCAUCCUUUCCCAGCAGCAGGAGAAAAAAAGAGGAGACGCUCAACAAGCAAAAGUUUUCCUCUGACUCUGGAAAAGAGGAGUCAACAUGGAGGAAAAGGAGCUGCUAGUGUGACCCCACGGAGAGACUCCCGACCCCCGUGGAAGAAUGAUAACUUAGCCAGCAUUUUGGGAGGCGGCUUUUUUCCUGUGUGUGUGUGUGUGUGUGUGUGUGAGUGUGUGAGUGUGUGAAGUAAACUGUGGGAAAGUUUGAAGCUGGGGGGGAGCUGGCUAUGGCGCGGCACAGCGAGGAGGACGCCGGGAUGGCCAAAGCUCCGCCAGCCGCACGGCAAAGAAAGAAGAAACCCAAAGAGAACAAAACCAGGACUGUCCACGCAAACAUCCUGCACGACUGCGCCAAAGGGGAGGAAAACCCCAACCGACACUAUGCAAACAACAAGAUUAAGACGACCAAAUACACAGUGCUGUCAUUCCUGCCAAAGAACCUCUUCGAACAGUUCCACAGGUUCGCCAAUGUUUACUUCGUCUUCAUCGCUCUGCUCAACUUUGUUCCGGUUGUCAACGCGUUCCAGCCCGAGCUCGCUCUGGCUCCCGUGGUCUUCAUCCUGUCCGUGACCGCCAUCAAGGACCUGUGGGAAGACUACAGGAGACACAGGUCUGAUAAAGAGAUCAACCACAUGGACUGUCUGGUCUACAGCAGAGCAGAGAGACGCUAUGUGGAGAAGUACUGGAAGGAGGUGCGGGUGGGAGACUUCAUCAGGCUGCGAUGCAACGAGCUCCUCCCCGCCGACGUGCUGCUGCUGAGCUCCAGCGACCCCGACCGCCUGUGCCACAUCGAGACCGCCACGCUGGAUGGAGAGACCAACCUGAAGCAGAGGCAGGUGGUCCGCAGCUUCUACGACCUGGACUGCGAGUUUGACCCCUUAAAGUACAACAGUAUCAUCGAAUGUGAAAAGCCCAACAACGACCUGAACAGAUUCAGAGGCUACAUAAUCCAUCGAAGCGGCAGGAGAGACGCACUUUACAAAGAGAACCUGCUGCUGCGAGGCUGCACCAUCCGCAACACAGAGGAGGCCGUGGGAAUUGUCAUCUAUGCAGGUCACGAGACCAAAGCCAUGCUGAACAACAACGGUCCACGUUACAAGCGCAGUAAACUGGAGAGGCAGAUGAAUGUAGACGUGUUCUGGUGUGUCAUCAUCCUGCUGGUCAUGUGCCUGUUUGCUGCUGUUGGUCACGGGCUGUGGAUGUUUCAGUAUGGCGAUAACAGACCCGUGUUUGACGUUCUCAGCCCAGAGGGGACCAACUUAUCGCCCAUCAUGUCAGCCAUUUAUCUCUUCCUCACCAUGAUCAUCGUCUUUCAGGUCCUGAUACCCAUCUCCCUUUUUGUGUCAAUUGAAAUUGUCAAGAUCUGCCAAGUGUACUUCAUCCAUCAGGAUAUGGAUCUGUACGACGAGGAGACAGACUCCCACCUCCAGUGCAGAGCACUUAAUAUCACAGAGGAUCUGGGCCAGAUGCAGUAUAUCUUCUCUGACAAGACAGGAACGCUGACGGAAAAUAAGAUGGUGUUCCGGCGCUGCACUGUGGCAGGGGUGGAGUAUUCCCAUGAUGCCAACGCUCGAAGACUUGCCAUGUACCAGGAAAUGGACUCGGAGGAGGAAGAGUGCAUGUCUCACGGUGGCACCCUCCCCAGGCGGGACAGCGUGACCAGUCACCAGAGCGCCCGCGUGGUGCUGCGGUCCCAGAGUACCAAGUCCCACCGCAGGACAGGCAGCAGGGCGGAGGCCAAGAGAGCCAGCAUCCUGUCCAAGCACACGGCCUUCAGCAGCCCCAUGGAGAAAGACAUCACCCCCGACCCCAAGCUCCUGGACAAAGUCAAUGACUGCAGCAGUCAGAUGGACUUCAUGCGCUUCCACAGCCAGCCCAUCUCCCAGCUGCCCUCUGACCUCUCAGACAUCAUCGAUUUCUUCAUUGCUCUCACAAUCUGCAACACGGUGGUCGUGUCCUCCCCCAACCAGCCAAGACACAAGGUCAGGAUGAGGUUCGAGCUAAAGUCUCCAGUGAAGACCAUCGAGGACUUCAUCAAACGCUUCACCCCCAGCCGACUGACCUCCGGCUCCAACAGCAGCAGCUCCUCCAGUCUCAUCACCAACCGAUCCUCCAAUAAGGGCUGCUCCAGCCUGCUGUCCUCGCCCUCGGCAGAGAGCACGCUCACCAAGCUGCACGAGGAGCAGCCCUCGGGAGGUUUGGAGCAGGAUUUCAGCCCCAUCCCGCCGUCCUACGAUGGAAAAGCCUCCUGGAACCUCGAGGAAGGAGAGCUGCGCUACGAGGCAGAGUCGCCCGACGAGGCCGCUCUGGUCUACGCUGCCCGGGCCUACAAGUGCUCCCUGGUCGGACGCCUCCCCGACCAGGUGAUCGUGGAGCUGCCUCACCUGGGGAAGCUGAGCUUCGAGCUGCUGCACACGCUCGGCUUCGACUCCACCAGGAAACGCAUGUCCGUGGUGGUUCGACACCCUCUGACAGAUCAGAUCACCGUCUACACUAAAGGAGCAGACUCUGUCAUCAUGGAUCUCAUCAAACCCCCCGACACAGGAAACUCCAAAGGGAAACGUCAGAAAAAGAUUGUCUGCAGGACCCAGCACUACCUGAAUCUGUACGCUGCAGAUGGACUUCGCACGCUGUGCAUAGCAAAAAAGAUUCUCAGCAAAGAGGAGUACGCCUGCUGGCUGCAGCGGCACUUGGCGGCUGAAACGGCCAUUCAGGGAAGGGAGGAGCUGCUCUUUGAGUCGGCCCUGCGGCUGGAGACGAACCUCCAUCUUCUGGGAGCGACGGGCAUUGAGGAUCGGCUGCAGGAUGGUGUGCCUGAAACUAUAGCUUCCCUGCGGAAGGCGGGCCUGCAGAUAUGGGUGCUGACGGGGGAUAAACAGGAAACUGCUGUGAACAUCGCGUACGCGUGCAAGCUGCUGGACCCCGAGGAGGAGCUCCUGACACUGAACGCUGACUCUCAGGAGGCGUGCGCGCUGCUGCUGGAGGAGAGUUUACACUACAUCCAGGCCAAAUUCCUCUGCAGCCCUUCAGGCCCAACCACCAAGACCUUCAACACUAACUUCUCGCCCUUUGACAUCUACUCCUCUUCAUCUCCGUCCUCCCAAUCCACUCCCUUCCUGGUGCACCGGCUGGGCCUGGUGAUAGACGGGCGGACCUUGGCCUACGCCCUGGAUAAGAGUUUGGAGGAUAAGUUUCUGGCCGUCGCGCGGAGUUGCCGUUCUGUCCUCUGCUGCCGGUCCACGCCGCUGCAGAAGAGCAUGGUGGUCAAACUGGUGCGGAACAAGCUGAAGGUCAUGACUCUGGCCAUAGGAGAUGGGGCCAAUGACGUCAGCAUGAUCCAGGUCGCAGACGUGGGUGUGGGGAUCUCAGGACAGGAAGGCAUGCAGGCAGUGAUGGCAAGCGAUUUUGCCCUCCCACGUUUCCGGUAUCUCCAGAAGCUCCUGCUGGUACACGGGCACUGGUGCUACUCCCGCCUGGCUAACAUGAUCCUGUAUUUCUUCUACAAGAAUGCAAUGUUUGUGGCGCUCAUCUUCUGGUAUCAGUUCUACUGUGGCUUCUCAGGUUCAGCCAUGAUUGACCAGUGGUAUCUCAUCUUCUUCAACCUGAUGUUCUCUGCUUUCCCACAACUCAUUACGGGCACUCUGGACAAAGACGUGUCAGCAGAGACUCUCCAACAACUACCUCAGCUCUACGUGAACGGCCAAAACUCCGAGGAAUAUAAGCCAUAUAUGUUCUGGAUGAACAUGAUUGAUGCCUUCUACCAAAGUCUCGUCUGCUUCUUCAUUCCUUACUUUGCCUAUGCUGACUCUGACGUAGACCUGUUUACAUGGGGAACUCCCAUCACCACCCUCGCCUUAUUCACUAUUCUGCUACAUUUGGGCACCGAGACCAAAACAUGGACGUGGAUGAACUGGAUGUCGAUCGCCUUCAGUAUCGCCUUAUUCUUCACCGUGGCGCUGUGCUACAACGCCUCCUGUCCCGCCUGCUACUCGCCUUCCAACCCCUACUGGACCAUGCAGAGGCUGCUGCAGGAGCCCCUCUUCUACCUGCUGUGCUUCAUCACGCCUAUCGCUGCGCUGCUGCCUCGAUUUUUCUACAGGGCGUGUCAAGGCACGCUGUUCCCGAGCCCAGUCCAACUUGGAAGGCAGUUGGAUAAACUCCCCGCUGACAUCCGCAGGAACAUCCUCAGCCUGAGUCGGGUCAAGGUGGGGUCGCCGCUCUGCCCCAAGCUUCCCUUCCUGUCCCUCGCUAAGGCUUCGCCUAAAGGUUACAAUAAAAAGGACCGGAGGAGCGUCUCUGGCUCUAAACAGGGGCCUCUAUUACAAACAGAUGAAGCAAAGAGAAGCCCGCUGCAGCCCACAGACAGCGAUAUGCACCUUUCAGAUCUCUAUACACCAGCUCCGUCAGAAGUAGACACCCUUCCCUACACCAAAGACAACCCUGCCCCGUCAGGGGAGCUGCAGACUUCUUCCGCCGCAGACUCGGAGCAUCUCGAUAAGACUAUAGAGCCGUCAGAUGUGAAUCUGUCCAGCUGUGUCACCUCCACACCUCUGCCCGCUCAGGCAGACGGCGUGCAGCUGAGCAUGCCCCCCGACGGAGCCUCGCAGUGCGUCAGAUACACGAGGAACUCAGAGGAAAGACUCAAAUCUGAGCACGCCGUCAGUCCGGCACACAGGACAGAGCCGCCGACAGAACGGCCGCUGCAGGCCGCCUCCUUCAGUCUUAACUAGAAAUCCAAUUGCACAAUAGUUUUGUUUUUUUAAAGAUCUAAAUAUAUUUUUCAAGCAGAUUCUUUUAUGAAACAUGCAAAGAGGUACUUUAUAUUUUGGAUGUAAAUCUAAAGCAGAGAUAUUUUUGCCUUUUGGGAGAUUUAUUUGUCUGAUACUGGGAAACUUAAAGUUCACACAGAAACAUCUCAGUACUCCGUCAGGUCUUAAUGAAAAGAAGAGCAGAGAGAUUCCACCGUGAUAUGGUACCCAGUUCGUUCUUUCAGCUUGGCCUGUAAAUGCACCAAGACCUGGAUCGGAGGCGCCCGUGGCCUCGAAUCGGUGCUGAUGAGGAAAGAAGUUCCCGUACUUUACUUAUACUUUACGUCCACGCAGAAGCAUAUUUCUGUGAGGACUUCCAUGCAGAUGAUACCAAAGGUUUAUAUUCACGUGCAGCAAGUUGUGGAGCUGGCUCGGUGCACAUUUUCUUCUUGUUGCUGGAUCGGGAAACAUAGAAGUCUGUUUCUAGCUGUUCUCUUGCACAGUAAAUUCUUCUGAAUAAUAAUUAUUAGAGCUGUUGGCUGUAAAGUUAUUUGUGCAUUAUGAUCAAGAAAUCGUCAUUUCAGUCUUUAUGCACUAAGAAUCCACCAGGAAUUAUGCUCUGUGUGUGUGUGUGUUUGUUUCUAUGAGGUUAAGACUUGGUUUGAAAUGGUUAGCGUUAGGAUUAUGUUCAGAUUAGGGUUGGGGUUAGACGUUUAGCUGGGCCGUGGAAUACGCUACGUCCUCGCAAAAGCAAAACUUUUAUAUACGUGUGUGUGUGUUUGUGUGUGUUUAUCCAACAACUCAUUGGAUCUCUUUUAAGAGCCAGUUCCACAUAAAUGUAGAUUUGGUAACUGUUGCCAAGAGUUGAGGUCAAUUCGGUUUCCAUGACUGUCUGUCAAAUAUGAAGCUAAAGUCGGAGGCGUUAUUUUCUAAAAAUAAAUAAAUAAAUAAGAAUAAUUUUAAAAACCUGCUUUGCAGCAUCUCUAAAGCUCAUUAAUUAACAUUUCAUAACAUCUCCUUUGUUUCAUUUCUGUAAUCACCAUAUCAUAAAGAUGAUGUAUGUAUCAGUUGGUUGACAUUUCACAUUGCUAGCGGUUAGCUGCUUCUGUCUUCACCUUCAUGUACUGAACCCGUCACUUGUCCGAACGGCGCUACACCAAGCAUCCAGCAACAAGUCAGCCUCCACCCGAGUGGAAACCCUCCUCUGUGUGUCUGUGCAGAUGUUUUGCAGAUGUCCUCUCAUCUGCAUCCUUUACAGUUUUACUAGGAAGCACUUUAAAAGCCUCAUUUUGCUUUUAGCUUUUCAGUUUUUAAACACCAUGUUUACAGUGGUGGAUAUUUUUACUUUAAGCUGUUUCUCUCUGCUCUUCGACUUUAUACACAGCUAAGCUAACUCUAUCAUAAGAAGCAGGAUUUUUGCUACCAUAAGCUUUUUUUGUCUUGUUUUUUUUUUAGUCUGACUCUUAUCAUGUUUGAUCUUUGGCCCUGUGCGAGUAACAGAGUAGCAUUUAACUAAAUGCAAUCUUAAAACUGGAAUUAUUCUGACAAAGAUUUAUAUCUUCAUAAGCAACGACCGGUACUCAGGAGGUCUUGGCCUGUGCAAAUGGCCUGACUCCAAAUGAUAUCUGAUGGGCUGUGUGGCUUCAGCUUAAUAUUUAACACAAACAUGAGAGAGAAGGAUCAAAUUUCUUUUGUUUGUGAGGAAAAGCCAGUUGGAAGGAGCUUAUUUCACACAGAGUAGAAACUGGGCGAUUGAUUCCCAGAAUAAGAAAAAGGGGCAUUAUUUUGAACUUUUACUCAUGAAAAGCUAGGCUAAUGCUAAUGAGUGAAAUAAUAAAUACAUGAAGCUGAGCGUAACAGAGGCACCGCUUAGUCUGUGCAAGUCCCCUUUUUUCCAUUUAUGUCAUGUGUUUAGUUUAUCUGAAGCCCGUCUGAUUUUAUUUUUUCUACAGCUGUAAACCAAAUCCUCGGGGCUCAGUCUGUCCCAGAUCUUAAAGAGACGGCUUUAAGUUUGCACUUUGAAAGCUUUGAGGUGCUGAGUGUCGUCGGUGCUGCUGGGAGAGCUGGAGCUUUGCACCCCUCUUACCUUUGCAGACACAGUUUGUGGUUGAGCAUUUAAAGCAGCAGCACCUUUUUAACAUUUUCUGAAGGGCGUGUCUCAUUCCAGGAUGUUUUUGUAAAGAGUUCAACUUUUGGCAAAGGUCAUCUAUAUAUUCUACGUGCCUUAACACUGGAUAAGAAAUGAAAAAUGUGCUCGUGAUGCUGAUUCUGUUUGUUUAAUGAUGACGGAGCAUAUAUUCGGAGGCUGCAGGCUCUGUGGUUUCUCUCCUGUCCUUUUGCACAUGGUGCUUGUUCCUUUGGCAUGCUGUUGUCUGCAGUCUGUUCACUUUGUUUCAGAGGUUCUGUCAUUUGAGGUGUUGCACUUUGUGUGCCAGGCUGAAGCUUGAGCGUUUCUGCGAUCCUACACACACACUGUCACACAGCGUAUCUGAGCAUAUUCGAUAUUUUUCUCUUUAUUUUUCUUUUGGUUGCUGCAUCGGCCGAAUGUGAGCUUCACUGUUUGAAUGGUUUCACUCUCAAUGCUGAUCAGCCACAGCAUUAAAACUUUUUUUUUUUAAACCACAAUUAUUUUGAACCACAGUAGUUUUUGAAAAGUCAAUGAGACAUUAAGCCGUCAUGUUAAAUAGCUGCCAGGUUCAUGGGAUGUGAGAUGGGUUAUUGUUGACCGAGACCAGAAAAACAGCGAGUCGCUCCACUUUUAAAGCGAUCACUAAAUUAAUUUAGGAAGACAUCGAAGCGUUCAAGGUGUUAAACUCUGCCACUGGCAGCCGGUGAAGCCAUGCUUCUACCAAUCAGAUCUGCUUUUUAUGUUGUGGCUGAUCAGUAUAUUGAAAGGUAUUGAUCAGAGAUUUUGGGUUAAACACUGAAAAGCUGCAGCCGGUCACCAACGUAGAAAAACUGUUUUAGGUUUUUAUUAAUAUUUCACAUUUUUAUCAGUUCUUUGGCCUUUGAGCAACUGGAAAUUUUCUGUACAUGGCUACUUUUGAACAAAAUAAAAAUGAUAAUAAAGAAUUUAUGUAUG